GGGAGCCCGCCCCGCCCUCACGUCACGUGACUCUCGCGCUGAGUGAACAUGGCGUCGGCCGCGCGCCCUUCCUACUCCCUGGGGAACGCGACCCUGAAGGUGCCCCUGGCGCUGUUUGCUCUGAACAGGCAGCGCCUGUGUGAACGUCUGCGGAAGAAUGCGGCGGUGCAGGCCGGCUCUGCAGUGGUGAUGCAGGGCGGGGAGGAGAUGCAGCGCUACUGCACGGACACCUCCAUCAUCUUCCGCCAGGAGUCCUUCUUCCACUGGGCCUUCGGUGUCAUCGAGUCAGGCUGCUACGGUGUCAUCGACGUGGACUCAGGAAGGUCGGCCCUGUUUAUACCCAGGCUUCCUCCUAGCUACGCCACCUGGAUGGGAAAGAUCCAUUCCAAGGAGCACUUCAAGGAGAAGUACGCUGUGGAUGAUGUCCAUUACACGGAUGAGAUUGCCAGCGUGCUGACUUCGCAGAACCCUUCUGUCCUCCUCACCUUGCGUGGUGUCAACACCGACAGUGGCAGUGUCUGCAGGGAGGCCUCCUUCGAGGGCAUCAGCAAGUUCAGUGUCAACAAUACCAUUCUUCACCCGGAGAUCGUCGAGUGCCGAGUGUUCAAAACAGACAUGGAGCUAGAGGUUUUGCGCUAUACUAAUCGGAUCUCCAGUGAGGCCCACCGUGAGGUAAUGAAGGCUGUAAAAGUGGGAAUGAAAGAAUAUGAGAUGGAAAGCCUGUUCCAGCACUACUGCUACUCCCGGGGCGGCAUGCGCCACACCUCCUACACCUGCAUCUGCUGCAGUGGCGAGAACGCAGCUGUGCUGCACUAUGGACACGCCGGGGCUCCCAAUGACCGGACAAUUAAGGAUGGAGACAUGUGCCUGUUCGACAUGGGUGGAGAGUACUACUGCUUCGCGUCCGACAUCACCUGCUCCUUUCCUGCCAACGGCAAGUUCACCGACGACCAGAGGGCCAUCUAUGAGGCGGUGCUGCGAAGCUGCAGGACGGUCAUGAGCACGAUGAAGCCAGGUGUCUGGUGGCCUGACAUGCACCGUCUAGCUGACCGCAUCCACUUGGAGGAGCUGACCCGCCUCGGCCUCCUGAGUGGCAGCGUGGAUGCCAUGCUCCAAGUCCACCUGGGAGCCGUGUUCAUGCCACAUGGGCUCGGCCACUUCCUAGGCCUUGAUGUGCACGACGUGGGAGGCUACCCUGAGGGUGUGGAGCGCAUCGAUGAGCCAGGCCUGCGGAGCCUGCGCACAGCCCGGCGCCUGGAGCCAGGCAUGGUGCUCACCGUGGAGCCGGGUAUCUACUUCAUCGACCACCUCCUGGACCAGGCCCUGGCAGACCCGGCCCAGGCCUGCUUCUUCAACCGCGAGGUCCUGCAGCGCUUUCGCGACUUCGGCGGGGUCCGUAUUGAGGAGGACGUCGUGGUUACGGACAGUGGCAUGGAGCUGCUGACCUGUGUGCCCCGGACUGUGGAGGAAAUUGAAGCAUGCAUGGCAGGAUGUGACAAGGCCUUUGGCCCAAAGUAGAGCCAGCCAGGAUGCCUGGGAGAUUGGGGCCUGGCCUUGUGACUUCUCUGCCCAGUGUUGCCCAAUGGCUGGUACUCUAAUACAAAGAGGUGGUGCUUAAAAAUCAGAUCUUUGCAUCUACAUUUGAUCCUACCAAAGCAAAUAUUGUUUCCAAGGAAGGAAGAAUUCUUAUUACUAAUCUUCUGUAUGAUCACGCUCUAUCUUUAUAUACAUGGCUUAAGUGACAGUGACUUAAGUGCUGACUGAAACAACCCUGUCCUUAAAACAGCAGCUGCUUCGUGUCUCGCUGCCAUCUGCAUUCAUGUACUCAGGCGAGAUGCAGCCGCGGGUCUUCUCCCCACAGUCAGUGUACAGGGUGGAAUUUGCAAUAAAAGGUCACUUACAGAG